UGAAAGGGAGGGAGGGAGACUGUGAGAGAGGGAUAGAGAACGAGGGAGGAUAUAUUGAUACAAAACGACGGUGGUUUCUCUUCAGUGUGUGUGAGAGAGACCAUGAGUGAAGACAAGAUGGAGUGCUGGAACAGAUGAAGACUGUCAUUGGAUGGUCUAGUUCACGAGACAAGAAUCUUACGAACUAAAGGGAAAGAUGUGAAAAAAGGUUGAAAGAGAAUGUGCGAGACAGAGAUAGAACGCACCGAAGAGGACGCAUAUGAAACAGACACUAUAUCUCUGUCCUUAGGGAGGUAGAGUAAUCAAAACAGCCGCAUUACUGUUCUUUCCAGUGGUCUCGAUGAGCGUUUCCAAACCACCUCCACCCCAUUCCCAUUUCCCCCCCAGCAACCCAUCCUCCCAUCUCUCCCUGCCUUCUUCCUCCCCCUCUCCCUCCACCCCUCCCUCCGCCGCGGGUCCCCCCAGCCCCGCUGUGCCUCCUCCUCCCUCCCCAGUCAAGAUCUCUAUGCAGGAGCACUUUGCCAUCAAUGUGUGCCCCGGUCCCAUCCUUCCCAUCCCACAGAUCUCCGACUUCUUCCCUCGUUUCCACGACUUCCCCAUCACCCCCCCUCCUCCCCGGGAAAAACAAAUUCUAAAGGACAAAGACAAGGACGGAGACGGGAACGGAGAGAAAGACCGCAAGAGGGAGAGAGAGCAAGAGGAGAACGGGGAGUUUGCCGACUCGGAUGACGAGGACACCUACCUGGGAACUCUGGAGUUCAGCCUGCUAUUUGACCAAGAAAAUAACUGCUUGCACUGCACAAUCAACAAGGCCAAGGGACUAAAGGCCAUGGACUCCAAUGGACUGGCGGAUCCAUAUGUGAAACUCCACCUCCUGCCUGGAGCAAGCAAGGCAAAUAAAUUGCGCACUAAGACUUUAAAGAACACUCUGAAUCCAGUGUGGAAUGAAACACUCAUCUAUCAUGGCAUCACGGCUGCUGACAUGACCACCAAAACCCUCAGGCUGUGUGUGUGUGAUAUGGAUCGUUUAGGACGGAAUGAGUUCAUUGGGGAAGUCAGGGUGGCCCUCAAGAAACUCAAGGAGGGAGAGAGCAAGAAAUACAACAUGGGCCUCGAGAGAAUUGCACAGACCCGGGAGGGUAACAGCCAGGCAGUGGAUCCUGGGGCUUCUGUUGCAGAAGAGGAGCGUGGCCGUAUCCUGGUCUCUCUGAUGUACGUCACAGAGAAAAGUUCUCUGAUUGUGGGAAUUAUUCGCUGUGCUCACCUGGCCGCCAUGGAUUCGAAUGGCUACUCAGACCCUUUUGUCAAAAUUGUUUUGCGGCCUGACAUGGGGAAAAAGUCCAAAUACAAAACCUCAGUGAAGAAGAAGACUCUAAACCCGGAGUUUAACGAGGAGUUUUCCUAUGAAGUCCCACUUGAUCAGCUAGCCAAAAAAACCCUGGAGAUCUCAGUAUGGGACUAUGACCUAGGCAUGAGCAAUGACUUCAUAGGUGGUGUUGAAUUGGGGAUUAAUGCAAAAGGAGAGAGACUGAAACACUGGUUUGAGUGUCUAAAAAACAAAGGAAAGAAAGUGGAGUACUGGCACACACUAACACAGCAAGGAGCCCCUAGCAGUGACUAACACAGACAAGCACACAUAUGUUCAUCCUCUGAAAUGUAAUAAUGAUAAAGAAAUGCAAUAAUGCUCAGUCUGAGCAUGAUGACGAUGACGUCGACAUUCAAUAUUAAUGCGUGAGAAAAAGCAUCAUAAUCUAUUGUACAGCUUCAGAUUCUUUUGUGAUGAGAAAGAAGCAAGUGUGUGAUCACAAGCCCAGAUUGUGACGCACAAACAAUCGACCCCUUUUUCUGGUCUACACGUCACUAAUGUGAAAUCGUACUGUGUUGUGACUAUGCCACAGGAGCUCAUGCCAUAUUAUAGUGUUAUUGUUUAUUACAUGUGAAACGUGUAAUAGCAUCCUGGUGUUUGUUACAGUUGGUGGUGCUUUAAUUUUGCACACUAUCAAAGCACAACACAUCCAGCUGACUGUAAAUGUGUAUGUGUACCUAUGUAUUUAUCUUUUGUGAUUUGUUACGGAUGAAAGUUUACAGUCUCUUCCAGCCCGACAAAAACAUGAUGCACAGGAAAAGCACAAGGGAUGGCGCAUGAAGGAACUCUAAAGCAAUGAAAGGAGCUGUCUAUGGAUUUAAACGUUCACUCAAGAACUGCCGCCUGUCACUUCGAGAAGAACCAAAUGACAGUCACCUCAACACAAAUGUGUGUGUGAAUGCCCCUGUCUGUGUUUUGUCUUUGUACGUGUCUCUGUUGAAUGUUUGUACAGUCUCCUACACAAAAAAACAAGCGCUGAUGCACAUUGACAGUCUUUUUUGCUCUCUCUCUCUCCACGGCGCCCUCUACUGGUUUAGAGGCCUUACUGCCAGGACAGUGCCAGUAUGGAGGGUGAAUCGCCUCUGGAAGGCCUCAUGCACGACUGCACGCCCCAUUAGGGGUUAAAUUAGCAAUCAUACCAAGCCUUUGAAGGACAAACUACCUGUCAAGGAUGUCUUUGGUUCAGAACACAAAAUCUUGUUCUGUUCGCUUUGUUACACUUGUUUUGUCAUCCUGACAUAAGAUCUGUGAAACGAUUGCAGAUUUCUUGCCAUGCGUGGGAAUUUCGGCUGUUAAUUGUAUCUGUGUGAUUGCAUUUAUUAGCUGUUUAUUAGACUCCAUAAAUCAGCUACCUGAAUCUACUUUUCUGAAUCUGGUCUUGAUCGAAGACAUUUUAUGCAUUUAAUUGCACAAAAAAAAUAUUGUUAAUCCUGUCAUUACCCCUGUGGCCAUUCCUGACUCUUUUUUUUCAUAUAUAUUAUUUCUUACAUUUGAGUUAUCAAAUGAAUUGCCUAAGUAGUGUAUAAUUAUCAAAUGUUAUUCUAAGCAGCUGCAUGCCAAGUGAAUGUCACAUAUGCUUUGAUGGACCACCGAUCUGCAGUGCUUAUGUUUGUCCUAAUAUCCAUCAGUGGGCCCAUCUAAGGGUAUUUAUUUUUGCUCAGUGAAUUGGGACAAUCCAGGCUACCUUUGAUGAAACAGCAUGGCAUUUAGAUAAGGGACUGGCAUCACCUGCCAGCCAAGAUGGGACUCCAGGGGGAGCGUUAAUGAAGGAGGGGUCAAACUGAAGGAGGAUUAUUCAAGUCUCUCUCACGUGUCCUCGUUGACUGUCUGUGUGGAACAUGUUAUGUGACUGCCAUCGUGUGUCGGUCUCUGUAACUGCGUGUCCAAAAUAAAUUGGUUCAACAGUG